AUGAGCGGCUCGGGAGUCAGCUGGAUCUACCGGCUUCACCGCGAUGAGCUGAUACGGUAUCUCGAGGAGAACCAGCUGUCUGUAUCAGCGAGCGACACCGUGGCUGACAUGCGCGCCCGGCUCGUUCAAUUCAUACGCGAGGUUGAUGCUUCGCACAAUGCACUUGGAGCCGUCCUAGGACACCUGGAGGAAGGCCAGAUUAGGCCCAUUGCAUAUGCUAGUCGCUCGCUAUCAGAGUCUGAGCAGCGAUUAGGUGUCUAUGAGAAGGAGGCCCUGGCUUGCCUGUUCGGCCUAGAAAAAUUUGAAAGUUAUCUGGAUGCCCGGGAGUUUGAUUUAUAUACCGACAACCGAGCCCUUAGUUGGCUGUUUAAUCAUCCUCAUCAGCUGGAGGAGCAGCGACAAAGGGACCACCCGGAAGGGCGUGUCAUCGCCCGCACCGACCCUCAGCCAACUUUCACUUUCACGCCCACCCCUCCUCUUCUGACCUCCAGCGAACAUCCUAGCCCGUGCACCACCCCCACACCCCAUCACAUCCUCGGGCUCUCAGCUAUGUGCGGCUGUCCGGGCUCUCUCGGCCGCCGCUUCGCAUGCCCAUCCGCACUCCCACUCCUCCACCACAACGACAUCCGCAGAGCAUCGAGACGACUCUGCAUGUACACCACAGGCCACAGUAUCACGAAGGCACGUCCAGACGACACCCGCACCGUCAAGUGUAAUGUUUCCAACGCCUACCAUCCCGACACCGACGCUCGUCAUCCCGACGCCGCAAUCAUGCUCCCGCCACCUCCUGUCCCAGAGCCACCAGUCUCAGCACCUCUCGUAGGCCUGACUCCUCCCUACACAAGCCCGAACACACCGUCGCCAGCGAAACCACGUUUUGUCGACCUGAUGCCGCUCAUCCCGACGGUGAUGACGCUGGACCCGCCGAGGCCAACAGAGCGACGCACGACACCGACUGUCCCGCCGCAGUCUGCCACGCCGUCCGGCACCCGCCUCGUGUCCGAGACGCCUCCCGACGCCGGAAUGACCUUGCCACUGCACCUGACCACCGUCAUGAUGCCACGAAGGUCAAUUCCAACACAACCUGCGUCGUUUCAGUCACGCGACUUGUCCCGGGCGCCGCCAGACUCGACGCCGACAUGUCGCGCCACAUUGUCGCCACCACCUGGCCUCGAUGUCGUGCCGCCAUCGUCGCUACCGCCCGAGUGCGCAGUCACAAACGGGAUGCUGUACGACGCAAUGUCCAGUGCCCUGAUGCCGAGACGCCUGAGUGAGGCCCCGCCGCCUGUAUUGGCUCCCCGGUGCCCGCCUGGCUUCGAAGCACAGUCGGUUCACCCCGCCAGAACGAGACCGGCGUGCACGCCAGUCUCCACAGGCACCAUGCCACCGCGCAUCGGCCAGCCUGCCACAGCAGCCGCCGAGGAGGCGCGCACUCCGGCCUCCACAGGCGCCAUGAGGCCGCCCCUCGGCCAGCCUCCACCACAGGUGCCACGACGCUGCCCCUCGGCCAGCCUGCAACAGCAGCCGCCGAGGAAGCGCGCACUCAGGCCUCCACAGGCGCCACGACGCCGCCCCACGGCCAGCAUACCACAGCAGCCACCAAGGAGGCACGAAUCCGACAUCCACAGGCGCCACGACACCGCCCCAUGGCCAGCCUGCCACCGCAGCCACCGAGGAGGUGCACAAUCUGGCCUCCACAGGCGCCACGACACCGCCCCUCGGCCAGGCUGCAACAGAAGCCGCAGAGGAGGCGCACACUCUGGCCCCCAGAUGCGCCGCGUCAAUACCGCCCUUCACGCCAUUGUGGUUGCACCACCUCCGCGCAUCAUACGCGCCGCUGAAGGCACCAAACCACCUCCGCCCACCGCGGAGGAUGCGCCACUGCCGCCCGCCACGGAGGGUGCACCACUGCCGCUCGAAACAGAGGGUGCGCCACUGCCGACCGCCACGGAGUGUGCGCCUCUUCUGCCCACCAUGGAGGGUGCGCCACUGCUGCCCGCCACGGAGGUUGCGCCACUGCCGCCCGCCAUGAAGGGUGCACCACUGCUGCUCGAAACAGAGGGUGCGCCACUGCUGCCCGCCACGGAGGGUGCGCCACUGCCACUCGAAACAGAGGGUGCGCCACUGCCGCCCGCCACGGAGUGUGCGCCACUGUCGCCCGCCAUGGAGGGUGCGCCACAGCCGCCCGCCACGGAGGGGGCACCACUGCUGCUAGCCACGGAGGGUGCAUUACUUUCGCCCGCCAUAGAGGGUGCGCCACUGCCACCCUCCACAUGCACCGCUGAAGGUCCCAUGCCGCCGCCGACCGCCACGCGCGCCAUCUUGGGCGUCCGUCUGCGCCAGUACCUCACGCGCCACAUCGCCGCCUCCCAUGCCAGCUGCCCACGCAGCGUUCGAGGCGACUUCCUGCAGCCGAGAAGUCAGCCGGGCAGAGAGGGGCUGCAGCCUCGGGCCGCAAGCUUGUUGUCUCGCUUCAGCUUGGGAGCAAGGACAUUUCUGUGA